AUGACGACCAACGCAGCACCCACCAAGCGCAGCAUCUUGCUCAUCAACGGGCCGAAUUUAAAUCUCCUCGGGACGAGAGAGCCUGAAAAGUACGGAAGCGAAACGCUCUCUGAUAUCGAGGAGAAUGCUAGACGACAGUGCAAUGAGCUCGGCUUUGACUUUGAAGGGUUUCAAUCUAAUCACGAAGGCGUCAUUGUGGACCGUAUCCACGCGGCUCGUACAGACGGCACAACGGCCAUCAUUAUCAACGCUGGAGCAUAUACGCACACAAGUGUAGCGAUUCGAGAUGCGCUGACUGGCGUCCGAGUUCCGUUUAUCGAAGUUCAUAUCUCCAACAUCCACGCCAGGGAACCUUUCCGACAUCAUUCAUACCUUUCGGAUGUGGCGCAAGGUGUCAUUGUUGGACUGGGCACACUCGGCUAUACGGCAGCUAUCUGGUCGGUCGUUGAAAAGCUCAAACAGGGUGGAUUCUCGUAA